AUGAGGAGACCAACCCUUCAUGGUAACGAGUUUGUCUCAGCAGAGCACAUACUACGAGCAGCUCUGGAAGAUGGACCCAUAGGGUUCAUGCUGUUGGAGGAGCCACCAUCAUCACUCCCAGCCUUUGGUUUUGUACCUACAGGCGCAGACAAAGGAGUCGAGAUGGAGGUGGAGGUAGAUAAGGUGGUGACGGCUGCAGACAUACCAAAGCCAUACCAACACCUGCGAGAUGUGUUUGAUGAGGUGGAAGCAGACAAGCUGCCCCAUCAUACCGAGCAUGAUCUCCACCUCGAGUUGAUAGAAGGAGGGAAGCCACCUCAAGGGCCCCUAUACCUUAAGGGACCCAAGGAGAUGUCCGAGUUAAGGAGGUACUUGGAUGAGAACCUCGAGAAGGGGUUCAUAAGACCAUCGAAGAGCCCGGCACGAUCACCAGUGCUCUUCGUACCAAAGAAGGAUGGAGGUCUCAGACUCUGUGUGGACUACAGAGGUCUCAACAAGAUCACUGUCAAGAACAGGGCACCAUUGCCCCUCAUCGAGGAGCAGCUGUUCUUACUCAGGAAGGCAAGGAUCUAUACCAAGCUAGACCUUAGAGCAGCAUACAACCUCAUCCAGAUUGCUAAAGGAGAUGAAUGGAAGACAGCUUUUGGCACUCAGUUGGGACUCUAUGAGUACCUAGUGAUGCCCUUUGGCCUAGCCAAUGCUCCAGCUCACUUCCAGUCAUUCAUCAAUGACAUCUUCCGAGACAUCAUUGGGAUAUAUGUGGUAGUAUACCUAGAUGACUUCCUGAUCUUCAGUGACACUGAAGAAGCACAUGUGAAGCAUGUCACUGAGGUCCUCACUCGCUUAAGGAGCAACAGGCUCUUUGCUAAGCUGUCAAAGUGUGAGUUCCACACCAAGACAGUCGAGUUCCUGGGGUACAUCAUCAAGCCGACAGGCAUAGAGAUGGACCCAGAAAAGGUGUGCACUGUCAAGGAGUGGCCAAUGCCAGAGUCAAUCCAUGACAUCCAAAGGUUCCUGGGUUUUGCCAACUUCUAUCGAAGGUUCAUAGCCCACUUUGCUCGCAUAGCCAAGCCCUUGACAGCACUGGUAAAGCCUAUAGAACGGUUCAAGAAGUUCGAGCUACCAGAGGAGGCCCAACAGGCCUUCACAUCAGCAGGAGUGCUUCAGCACUUCGACUACCACCUUCCAACAAGGUUGGAGACUGAUGCAAGUGACUUUGCUAUAGCAGGAGUACUCAAGCAGGAGCAUGAAGGACGAUGGCAUCCAGUGGCCUUCUACUCUAGGAAGAUGUCUUCUGCCGAGAAGAACUAUGAAAUCCAUGACAAGGAGCUCCUAGCUGUGUACUUCAAGUCACAGAGACGCAUCACAGGUCGACAGGCUCGAUGGGCCAUACUACUAGCAGACUUCGACUUCAUAUUGCAGUAUCGACCAGGAGACAAAGGUGGUGAACCCGAUGCUCUCACCAGAAGGACAGACAUGCAACCAGCUGGUGAAGAGCAGGAUCACAAUGUGAGGCAACUACUGCCUCCUCGAGUGUUCAAGGAGACAGCAGACCAUGACUCGACCCUAGUGGCCCCUAUGCUCUCGAUGGAGUCCAUAACAUCAAAAGGUCUCAAAGACCUGGUCAAGAUCUUCCAGCCCUUAGACCAAGAGCUACAGGAGAUACAUAGGAAGAAGCCCUUCGAACUCAAGGACGACCUAUGGUACAGUGGAGGAAGUGCCAAAGAGGUAGAUGGACAGUCUCUCUCUGUAGAGCAUCUGCGAUUCAUGGUGAUGACCCAAUGCCAUGAUGGUAUCACUGCUGGACACAUAGGAAGAGAUGCUACCAUCAAGGCAGCUCAACGACAUUACUGGUGGCCAAACAUGACAGCUUGGAUUGCAGACUAUGUAGCAAGUUGUCCUGUAUGUGCUAGGUACAAAGCUCCUCGUCAUCGUCCAUAUGGUUUGCUACAGCCACUAGCAACCCCAGACAGGCCCUGGGGCUCCAUAUCCCUCGACUUCAUUGAAGGACUACCACCAUCGAAGAAGUAUGACUCCAAGACCUAUGACUCUAUCCUAGUCAUCGUCGACAGGUUAACCAAGUUUGCCAUACUAGCUCCAACCCAUAAGACAGUCACGGCCAAACAGACUGCAGUAUUGCUAUAUGGACACAUGGUUAGACUCUUUGGAUAUCCAGAUCACAUGGUCUCGGACCGAGGCAGGCAGUUCAUAUCAGGAGCAUGGAAGGCAUUUGCAGAGCAAAUGGGUGUGAAGCACUCACUUAGCACGGCUUACCAUCCUCAAACUGAUGGUCAGACAGAGAGAGUCAAUCAGGUCAUAGAGCAAUACCUCAGGAUGUACUGCAACUAUGAGCAGAAUGACUGGGCCAACCUGCUGGACACUGCGGCCUUUGUAUACAACAACAUGGUCCACAACAGCAUUGGUGUCUCACCAUUCUUUGCAUGCUAUGGAUGGAACCCCAAAGCUCAUCCUGACAUCCCUCAACGACUAGGAGUCAAUGAUCCAGGUCGCUUCGAGUACCUCAUGGAUGGAAAGGAGCGUUGCAAGUACCUCCAGGAGCAGAUCAGAGAGGCACAAUGGAGAUCAGUAGACCAGUAUAACAGGAAGCACAAGGACAUCGAGUUUAAGGUGGGUGAUAUGGUCUAUAUCAACCGUCGAAACUGGAAGACAUGGAGACCCACACCCAAGUUAGAUACCCAGUUUGCAGGACCCUACCCAGUUCAGGAAUGGCCAGCAAGAACAAGUUCUCUUCCUCAACAUGCUGAACAGCCCACCAUACCAUCACUUCCAGAUGAGGACCUCGACUUUGAAGUUGAAGCACUCAUCGACAAGCAUUCACACAAUGGGACUACAGAGUACAAGGUGUUGUGGAGAGGGUACUCAGAGGAAGCUGCUUCAUGGGAACCAGUAGAGAACCUCAACUGUCCCGACCUCAUCCAGGAGUAUGAGGUGUCGGAGGGGGGACGAGUGAGUAGACAAAGUAGAGAAAGGAGGAGAGAACAGGAGGAGUAG